CUCGCCUCCCCUCCCCUCCCCCCACCCCCCUUUCUCUCCUCGCCCUCACGCCAACCCAACCCAACCACGUUAGAAAACCCUCCCCCCUUCUGCUUCCCCUCACCGCCGGUUUUGGCAUCGGCGGCUGCCGCUUCGUCUUCGUGCCGACCUCCUGCAGCGUCGGGUUGGGUCAGCGGGCCAUGGUCAUCUCGGCAGAGACGGCACCCCGGCUGCCGGAACCUUCCGUGGAGUCGGCUUCGGCGGUGGAAACGGGAGCUACGCCCUCUCCUGGGGUGACGCAGGGGUCCCUCCUCCAUAACUUCUCCUUCCCGAUCUUGAAGACGUGGGGCCGCCACCGGGUGCUUCGCUGCAUGAGCGUGAACGGCAAGGGGGAGGCCGUCGCCGGCGGCCGACGAAGAUCGGCGCCCUGUCCGAAGCCGGCGUGGCCGCGGAUCCGUGCAUCCGCGGAGAGUGGUGAUGGCGACGACCCUGGAAUCGAGGAGGUCAGGGAGAAGCUGCUGGUUCACCUCCGGGAGGCGGCGGACCGGAUGAAGCUGGUGGUCCCGCUGCUGCCCAAGAGCGGGAACCUCAAGGCGGCGCCGGAGCCGACGCCAGAGCCGGAGGUAAGGGUGGAUCCUGAGGCUGACACGUCGUCGGCGCCGGCGGCGGUGCCGUGGAACCUGAGGAAGAGGCGCGGGGUCGCGAGGGCUACGAUGGAGAUCGAGCGGCACCUGGGCAGCUCGCCCCCGGGAGCGGCAGAGAAGAGGACGGUGCGGCUUAGGUCGGAGGACUCCGAGCGGAGGGAGCGGCCCAAGUUUUCGAUCUCGCUCACGAGGGAGGAGAUCGACGAGGACAUCUACGCGGUGACAGGGUGCAGGGCUCGACGGCGGCCAAGAAAGCGGGCGAGGGUCGUCCAAAAGCGACUCGACGCAUUGUUCCCCGGCUCGUGGCUCUCGGAGAUCGCCGCCGACGCGUACAGGGUUCCGGAUUAGAGGUAAGCGCACCGGCGGUGACAUGAUAUCUCUUUCUCUCUCUCUCUCCCCCCACAAACCGCCCCCUCCCCCAACUCUCGGUUCCUCGCUUCAAAAUUCGCUGCCGCCAUUGAUCUCUGAAAGCUUCUGAUCGGAUCCUCGAGCAGAAGAGUAAGAAAAAUCUAGUCUUUCCUUCAAUCGUAGCUGCGUCAUAAGGAACCUCAUUCUGUGAAAUUUGAUUGCCGUGUGGUUGGUCUGUUUAGAGAGUCCAAAUCAGUGCCUGUUCAAUGAGUUUAUUGGUUCUUGCUC